AGGUCUGAGUUCCCAUCAUCACUUUGAAUACAGACAGCCUCCGUGUUUCCUCCGUGCUUCCUUUCAGUCUGACAUCAUCUGUCCACUAUUCGUCUUGUUAAGUUGUCAACAUGGGAGCAGUUGUAGGAGUUGUAAUUGAUGUAGUGGUUACAGCAGUGGCAGCAGCUGCAGAGGCUGCAGCCACUGCUGCUGCUGAGGCAGCGGCCGCAGCAGCAGAGGCAUCAGCAGAGGCAGCAGCAGAGGCAGUGGAGGCAGCAGCAGAUGAAGCAGCAGAAGCAGCUGCAGAAGCUGCAGCAGAGGCUGCUGCUGAAGGUGGAGCUGAAGCUGCUGAAGCCAUUGCUCAGGUUUUGCGUUGGGUCGCAAAACUUUCCAAACUUAUAAAAGAAUUCGGCGCUAUUGAUGCUGUUUUCAGGAUUGCAAAAGAAAUCUUAAAAGAUUUACUUUAUGAUCCUGUGGCACGUGAAAAAUGGAACAGACUGAACAAGUCUCUGGACUUGUUGAAACAACUUCUAUCAACGAUGGAAGAACUCGGGAAAUGGCUGAAAGACCACCAGGAUGACAUGGUGAAGCUUGAGGGAUACGAUAUCCCUUUGGAAUCAGGCAUUCUCAGCAAGUUUAUGCCACCACUGUCAACGGCAGUUGCAACCUUACAACGACUAUCUGACGAUGUCAACAAACUGAACGUGCAUAAGGAGAUGAUAAAAGAUGCACAGCUGACAACUCUGCACAGAGGCAUCAUUCGUGUUGUGGCGACAUUUGAGUCUCUGGCCAAAUACAAAGAAGAAAAGGGGGAGAAACUUCCCGUGUUGAAGUCUCUUCCUGUCAACAUGAGUCAAGUGCAGGAAUGGAAGGAGGAACUUGGCUGCGAAGAUGAAGACACUCUGUCUCUUUUACAGAUCCACAUCUACAAGUGAAUGUCUGUUUAGUGAAGCAACAGGGCAGUUAUUUGCCUCAUGUCUUUUAGGCACAGCCUACAGAGAGAAGUAGUUGGUCAUUGUGAAUUAUUUUGUUUCCUCUUUAAUUUUUCUAUGUAUCAUUAUAUUAACACGUUUUAACAGCUUCAUUUAAAAUAUUAGCAUUUUUAUGAAACAACUAACAGUUUUCUUUUUUUUUUUUUUAAACAACACAGCAACAACUUUUUAUGUUACUCUAAGAAUGUGUACGUUUAAUAAUGAUGACUACCACAACUGUACUUUUAAAGCACAAUCCUUUCACAGGUAUUUAUUUACACAAACAAAAAUGAAGUUAAAUGUUUUUUUACCAAAUCAGCGUGAACGCAUCUUCCAGGAGAUAACCACACAAAGAAGAGUAUAUUUUAGCCAUUUGUCCCCGCUAAACUCAAACGCAGCCCAAAAUCAGGAUAUUUUCAUUCAGCCCAACAACUUGAUGUAUUGACAUGAUGUUAUUGUGGCAUCAGCUUCUGGCUUUAUUGUAGCCCAUAUAACAAUACAGAAUUAAGAAAUCCAACUCCCCAGAUGAAACUAUGUUUUUGUGCUUGUUUUUUAUCUGCUCCCACGGUCUUUUUACUCCAGAGGGGUUAUGGGAGAAUGACUGGUCAUGGUUCCAUACCUUACAGAGGCUGCACAUCAGAAAAGGUGCCAAGUUGCAUGUGCAAACUUGACAUUUGAGAUGGGCCUCCUCCUGGGGGGCGGCACUGGAGCUUGUUGUUUCUACAAGCUGGACAAGAUUGUGAGGAAGGCCAGCUCUGUCAUGGGGAUCCAGUAUAUUCAUAGAUGCCUGUAUUUUCUACUGUUUCUCUGCUGGCACAUAUUUCAUUAUCUCUUGUAAACAGUUGUUUUUUCAGUACAAAAUGACCUAAUCUGACAGGACUUUCACUUGAAGUGAUAUAAAGUGAGAUGGAACAAGGAUCAUUUCAAGUGUUUAAUUAAUAAUCAUUCAGGGAACAUCUCAGAGAUCAUAUGUACCAGAGCCCAAUGGUUGUUUGCUCCCUUUUUAAAGCAUACAAUAUAUCUGAUUAAAGUGUCUGGAACAGGUGA